UCUUCAUAGACCGCAACUGACCGUCAUUCUCCCUCGCUCCACACUCGUUUACAUUCCUGGCUGCAGAGAUGCAGUCUUCAGUCGCUACUGCAACCGUGUCGCCCCGGAAGAAGCAAAACAUACAGAAAGUAGGAGUCUCUGAAACUCCAAAAGAAGAGGACCAUGACCGCUUCUUCUGGACAUAUACCGAGGAACCGCACCGUACGAGGCGGCAGGCAAUCAUAAAGGCACAUCCGGAGGUGACGAAGCUCUGCGGGCCGGAGCCGCUCACGAAAUACCUCGUCGCCCUCGUCGUCUCCAUCCAAGUCCUCUGCGCUUAUCUCCUCCGCAAUACCCCUAUACUAUCAUGGCCCUUCCUUCUAACGGCCUACAUAAUCGGAGCGACGGCGAACCAGAACCUCUUUCUCGCCAUCCAUGAGAUCUCGCACAACUUGGCCUUCAGGAGUCCAUUGGCAAACAGGGUCUUCGCCGUCUUUGCGAACCUGCCCAUUGGAAUUCCCUACAGUGCCUCCUUUAGACCGUACCACCUUACCCACCACAAAUCCCUUGGCGUCGACGGACUCGACACCGAUCUCCCCACUCCCCUUGAAGCCCUCUUCCUCGACUCCGUCCUCGGCAAGGCCUUCUUCUGCACCUUCCAGAUCCUCUUCUACGCCCUCCGCCCCAUGUUCGUAUACAAGCUCCCCCUCACCAAAAUACACGUCUUCAACAUCGUCGCUCAAUUCACCUUCGACUACGCCCUCGCCAAAUUUGCCGGAGCGAACGGAUUGGGCUAUCUGAUUUUGAGCUCUUUCCUGGCAGGCUCCCUUCACCCCUGCGCAGGCCACUUCAUUGCAGAGCACUACGUAUUCUCGCCUCCACCUCCAGAAGCAAUGGAUGCCGCCAACCGCAUCCCUAUCCCAGAGACUUACUCGUAUUACGGACCCCUUAAUAUCCUGACGUAUAACGUUGGAUUGCACAACGAGCACCACGAUUUUCCAGCUGUGCCCUGGACGCGAUUGCCCGAGCUGAAUCGCAUUGCGCAUGAGUUUUAUGAUGAGUUGCCCAGACACACAAGUUGGGUAUAUGUGAUUUGGCAGUUCAUUUGGGAUAGGGACGUGGGAUUGUGGUGUAGGGUCAAAAGAAAGGAAGGGGGAAGGAAAGUCGGUGGGAGCUUGUGGCGGGAGGAUGAGUUGGGGGCGAAUGAGAAGGUGGGCCCCAUACCUGGAGUGAGGUAGAGAUGCAUAGAAUUGUAGCUUGGAGACAAACCGAUUGCAUGUUUUGGAUAGUAUGUGUUUAUGCGUCGCUGAUAAUGGGCCUUUAUGGAUCGCCGGCUGAAAUUUGUACACGU